GGCGCUGUGGUCGCAGCGGCGGUGUGGUCGCCGCAGUUUCUCGGUCUUCGCUUCGGCGACCUUGACCCGCUUGUGGGUGGGCGAGGCUGGAAGAGAGGCUCCCCACCCCCCUCGGCUUCCCGAUCCCUGGGAGCGCCGGGCGGUCACCCAGGGCCGUGUGAGCGCAGCUCUGCAGGCUUCGGGUCCCUGCGGCUGCGGGAGAAGCCCUAGGCGUCAGGGCUGGCGAGGGGCCGCCUGGGAGGGGCCCGAGUCCCCUGGUGACCUGGGCGUGCGGCGGCCCCACACGCUUCCGUCCGCUUCCUCGCGGCGCAUUUCUCUUCACAGCCUCGGAGUGUGUGUGUUGGUGACCGGAGGAAGCGUGUCUAACCCCGACUUUCUGGAAGCGUCGUGUAUUAGGAGCUCCGGAGCCGGACUGCUUGGGUCCGCAUCUCCGUCCACCACUUACUGGUUCUGGGACCUCUGCAAGUCAACCUGUCUUUCUCACUUUCAAGUGUAAAAUGCGGGAAAAUAAUAGCAACUUACCUCCUAAGUAAAUAACAGAUGCGGGUGAAAGAUCCAAGUAAAGCUUUACCUGAGAAAGCCAAAAGAAGUAAAAGGCCUACUGUACCUCAUGAAGAAGACUCUUCAGAUGAUAUUGCUGUAGGUUUAACUUGCCAACAUGUAAGUCAUGCUAUCAGCGUGAAUCAUGUAAAGAGAGCAAUAGCUGAGAAUCUGUGGUCAGUUUGCUCAGAAUGUUUAAAAGAAAGAAGAUUCUAUGAUGGGCAGCCAGUACUUCCUUCUGAUAUUUGGUUGUGCCUGAAGUGUGGCUUCCAGGGAUGUGGUAAAAACUCAGAAAGCCAACAUUCACUGAAGCACUUCAAGAAUUCCAGAAUAGAACCCCAUUGUAUUAUAAUUAAUCUGAGCACAUGGAUUAUAUGGUGUUAUGAAUGUGAUGAAAAAUUAUCAACGCAUUGUAAUAAGAAGGUUUUGGCUCAGAUAGUUGAUUUUCUCCAGAAACAUGCUUCUAAAACACAAACAAGUGCAUUUUCUAGAAUCAUGAAACUUUGUGAAGAAAAAUGUGAAACAGAUGAAAUAAAGAAGGGAGGAAAAGGCAGAAGUUUAUCAUCUGUAAGAGGAAUUACAAAUUUAGGAAAUACUUGCUUUUUUAAUGCAGUCAUGCAGAACUUGGCACAGACUUAUACUCUUACUGAUCUGAUGAAUGAGAUCAAAGAAAGUAGUACAAAACUCAAGAUUUUUCCUUCCUCAGACUCUCAGCUGGACCCGUUAGUGGUGGAACUUUCAAGGCCUGGACCACUGACCUCAGCCUUGUUCCUGUUUCUUCACAGCAUGAAGGAGACUGAAAAAGGACCACUUUCUCCUAACGUUCUUUUUAAUCAGCUUUGUCAGAAGGCACCUCGAUUUAAAGAUUUCCAGCAACAGGACAGUCAGGAGCUUCUUCAUUAUCUUCUGGAUGCAGUGAGGACAGAAGAAACAAAGCGAAUACAAGCUAGCAUUCUAAAAGCAUUUAACAACCCAACUACUAAAACUGCUGAUGAUGAAACUAGAAAAAAAGUCAAAGCAUAUGGAAAAGAAGGUGUGAAAAUGAACUUCAUAGAUCGGAUCUUUAUUGGUGAAUUAACUAGCACGGUCAUGUGUGAAGAAUGUGCAAAUAUCUCCACGGUGAAAGAUCCGUUCAUUGAUAUUUCACUUCCUAUAAUUGAAGAAAGGGUUUCAAAACCUUUGCUUUUGGGAAGAAUGAAUAAAUAUAGAAGUUUACGGGAGACUGAUCAUGAUCAAUACAAUGGCAAUGUUACUGUAGAAAAUAUUCAUCAACCUAGAGCUGCCAAGAAGCAUUCUUCAUCUAAAGAUAAGAGUCAACUAAUUCAUGACCGAAAAUGUAUUAGGAAAUUGUCUGGAGAAACUGUUGUCACAUACCAGAAAAAGGAAAACCUUGAAAUGAAUGGGGAUUCUUUAUUGUUUGCAAGACUCAUGAAUUCUGAGUCACCUCUGAAUGAAAGCCCUACUGAUGACAGUGAAAAAGAAGCCAGCCAUUCUGAAAGUAAUGUUGAUGCUGACAGUGAGGCUUCAGAAUCUGAAAGUGCUUCAAAGCAGACUGAGCUGUUCAGAUCCAGCAGUGGAUCUGGUGUGCACACAGAUGGACCCCUUUACCCUCCAUCAGCAGGUGAACUGGUGUACACCAAGGAGACUGACAGUGGCGAUAAGCAAAUGGCUGAGGCUAUUUCUGAACUUCAUUUGAGGAGCACUGUAACUGGACAUCAAGAUUUUGACAGAGAAAAUCAGCCACUAAGUAUUUCAAAUAAUUUAUGUUUUUUAGAGGGGAAGCAUUUGAGGCCUCAUAGUCCCCAAAAUGCUUUUCAGACCCUUUCUCAGACCUAUAUAACUGCUUCUAAAGAAUGUUCAGUUCAGUCCUGUCUCUACCAGUUUACAUCUAUGGAAUUACUAAUGGGGAAUAAUAAGCUUCUAUGUGAGAACUGUACUAAAAACAAACAGAAGUACCAAGAAGAAACCAGUUUUGCAGAAAAGAAAGUAGAAGGAGUUUAUACUAAUGCCAGGAAGCAAUUGCUCAUUUCUGCUGUUCCAGCUGUCCUAAUUCUCCAUCUGAAAAGAUUUCAUCAGGCUGGCUUGAGUCUUCGUAAAGUAAACAGACAUGUAGAUUUUCCACUUAUGCUCGAUUUAGCACCAUUCUGUUCUGCUACUUGUAAGAAUGCAAGCAUGGGAGAUAAAGUUCUCUACGGUCUCUAUGGCAUAGUGGAACAUAGUGGCUCGAUGAGAGAAGGCCACUACACUGCUUAUGUGAAAGUGAGAACACCCUCCAGGAAAUUAUCGGAACAUGCCACUAAAAAGAAAAGUGUGCCUGGUUUGAAAGAGGCUGAUAGUGAAUCAGCAGGCCAGUGGGUCCAUGUUAGUGACACUUACGUACAGGUGGUUCCAGAAUCAAGAGCACUUAGUGCACAAGCCUACCUUCUUUUCUAUGAAAGAGUAUUAUAACUAUUAAUGGUAAUGAUUAUUUAGGUCAUUUGUUUUUGAAUGCUGCAGUGAUAACUAUAAUAUAUAACGUGCCUUUGUAGUCUUCCCUCUUCUGUAGGAAAAGCAUGUUCAUCAAAGAGUCCUGAACUUUUCCAACAUUUUGGUGAACCCUUUUAAAGUAAAUUUACUCAAUGCUUUAAAAUUCAUAGUCUUAAAAUAAAUGUGAAUUUUGUUUCCAGGUAUUUAUUCUGGGUUACAAAAACCUCCCAGAAUUUAUAGUAGGAAAGGAAACCCCUUUAUGAUGUGGCUCAUUAUUACAAGCAUUCAGAAAUGAUGCUGGCUAAGUCAAAUCAUUCCUUAAGGCAGUGUUUCCUAAAUGUAAUACCACCUUCCUGAACUCUCACAUAUUCUGUAUCAUGGUUAUUUUUUUUUAAAUAUUUUUAGCCUUUUUUAACCUUAGUCUUGUUUUGAGCAAUCAUAUUCCAUGUUUUAUGUGCUUUUAUAUUUUUUAUAACAAAUAUUAAAACUAUUAAAGAAAAAUUGUUUAUCCAUGUACCACUUAAAAUCAUCUCAGGGCCAUCCAGUGGUAUAUGUGUACUACCAUUUAGGAAACUGCUAUAACACAUAAUUUCAUGAAGUAACACCUAAUAUAGUGUAGUUUCCUUGUCAUAUUUUAUACAAUUCAACCAUAUAAAAGGGUAUCACUGUAAUUGCAGUAGUUUGGGUUUACAAAUAAUCUGUUGAUUAGCCUAUUACUUUGAGGUUUUGAAAAACUAGAAAUAUGUUGAGGCAUUUCAUAAACAUAUCUCUUGCACCCUCUUCCUGGUGGAGUUAAGGAUAACUUGCAAGUGGUUGGCCAAGGCCAAAUAUAGAUGAUUAUAAAAUUUAGAAUUGGCAAUUAGAAGUUGAUAAUACAUAUAGGACCAUAGGAUAGCUUUGAAAUAUAAAUUGCCAAAUUAUAUUUGUAAAUGAUAGAGAAUUAUAUUAACAGAGAAAUGUAAUACUUUUUUUACUUCUCGUAAAUACUAAACACAGUUUUGGGGUUUUGAAAUUACUAUUUUUGUCUUCAGCAAGCAUCAUUAACAAGUUGAGGUGAAUUUAGCUUUCAUUUUAAUGGGACAUUAAGCUGGCAUUUUUUAUUUUUUAAAUAAAUAAUAGCAAAAAUAUCAUUUUUUCCCUCUAAAAUACAAAUUAUUUAGCUGUCAAAACUUGGCAUGAAGAAUAUUACUAUUACUUAGGCUUAAAUAUCAAAAAAUAAUGGCUACUUCAGUGUCAUAUUGUUGAAAUAGAAACAAAACUGCAUGGUUCAAGCAUCCUAAUCAUUAGUGCCAGUGAAUGACAGUGCAGGCAAGUGCCGGGUAAAUGCCUAGUCCCACUUCAUUCUCCUCCUGGGAAAGAAGGAUAGUGGCUGCAGAUAAUGUAUGGAAAUAUUUAAUCAAGACUGACUGUCUUAAACACAUAAGCAUAUAUAAUGUUAUCAAGGUUACCAGUGCUGCCUUUUGAUAUAUGGAUGAACAUAACUGAUUAAAGAUGGUAAUAGUACACAAAAUGCAAAGCUUAAAAAUGUCAUUGCAUAAAUUCUAUUUUUAAGAUGUUGAAAUGUUAAUAGUAGUGUUUUUCUUGAUUUUUAACAGUGAAAUAAUCAAGAAAUGUAUCUUUAAGUUAAUCUGCAAAGUCAAGCUGUGUUCUGUAAAAGGUAUUUUACAGCAUUUUCCAUUUAACUGUAAUCCGUUAUCAUUGGAGAUCUCAGUAACAGAGCAGUGAAUUUUUUGAAAAAUAUUGAAUGUCUUUAUUCAAGUCAGCUAUCUUGGUAAGAGCAGUUUUCACCUCCCCCCACAACUGCCCAAAUGUAAAUAUAGGUCACCUAAUUUUUCUUACAGAAAACAUACUUUUAAGAGGCAUGCACUUUUCAUCAGAUGGUCACUUGUUUCUUGUUUCAAAGAUAAAUAUUUGGAUAGAUGGCCAUACUUGCUAUGUCAGUCACAGUGCUGACGCUAUUUUAACAUCAUUUAAAAUGGAAAGAUCUACGUAUAUUUUUGACAUUAUUCCAGAAGUAACAUGCAAGUAAGAUAUUUUUAUUUUCAUUUUAUUCAUGUUAAAUGAGCUAAUUAUGAAAUUUUUUUAUGGCCUAGAGUUUGAGUGCUUUUUCCUUGUCUUCUGAAAAAUGGAAUAAAUUCAAGUUUUAAUACUUAAGAAUUUGCUAAAUAUAGCUUUUGUAACAGAGAAAGCAUGUUAAAUUACACAUGGGUCUACAUUAAAAUUUUUGUUUUUAUUUUGAAUAUUUCCAAAGCACAUUUGCAGGGACAGUAAAUUGCGAGGCUACUAAUAAUAACAACAAUAGUUUCUGGAUCACUUCAGGAAACAGUAUAAAUAAAUAAGAAUGUUUACAUAUCAUCGACAUAACUACCAUAGUGUUGGAAUGAAUUAAAGUAAAACAAGUUUCACUAGCUUUAUUUAGAAACUGGUUUACCCCAGCUUCCCAUUUUUUUCCAAAUAUAAAAAAAAAAAAAUUGUUUGCCAAUACUGUAUCAUUUAAUGCUUUUAAAACUUGUGAAGACCACCUUUUUAGGUAGCUGAGAAGAGUGAUAGUUGGUAUCAAUUUAUUAGAAAGGCAUGGUGGCUCAUGCUGUUGGGAGGCUGAGUGGGGAACAUCGCUUGAGCCCAGGAGGACAAGGUGCAGUGAGCCAUGAUCACGCCACUGCACUACUGCCUGGUGACAGGGUGAGACCCUGCCUCAAAAAUAAAAAGAAGACAGUUGGUAUCAACUCAAAGAAUAGUUGAUGCUUAUUCUCCUAUUUUAAAUGUACCAAUAGAGCUAUUUUACUAUAUUUAAUAGUUCUUAGCUUCCAUGUGUGAUGAUUUUAAUCAGUGAUUUUAUGCAAUAGCAGAAUAAAAUUUUCUGAAGAUUAAGCUGUGAAAUGUAUCAACCCUCAUCUAAUUUUUGCAGUACAAAAUAACAUGCUGAUUCCUUUUAAAAAAUUCAUGUUUGUAAUUUAUUUUUCUGCAUGUAUUGAUCAAAUAAGCCUAAAUCAAAUAUGUGCAAUAAAAUUGAGCCUUUAGAUAGUAUCUAGUACAUUGUUAAAAAAAAUACUAUUUCUAGAUAUUUAUGAUGUUUUUGUUUAUGUAGAAAUCAUGAAUUCAAAUCUGUUUAAAAGAUGACUAUAUUUUCAAUUUUGAGUAAUAAAUUUAUACUGUUAUUCCUACUGUUUUUUCUUUUGCCAUGUUUCUAGAAAAUAGCUGUGUAACUUAUUGAGCAUUAUUUUGAUGUUACUGUAUAAAACAUGCAUAAUAAAUAUUCUUAUUUAUUUUAUGUUACAAGAUUGGUCCUGGAAUUUUCGCAGUUUGUGUUAUUGACAGAAUGCUUUAUCUAUCAACAAUGCAUUUGCUUAUGUCUUAGUCCACUCAGGCUGCUAUAAAAAAAUACCAUAAACUA